UCUAUCGGGCCCUCGCCUUCUUCUUCCUCACCCAUACCCUCCUGGUCGGCGGCCUGGCCGGAACCCUCAGCCGCUGCAGCUUCUUGGUCUAGUGGGGGGUUUCCUGCAAGGGCCUCCUCGUCCAGCGCGGCCUGCAAGCGGUCCAUCAGCUCGGCCUUCAGCCCUUUAUCCGAAAGAUCACGCUUUUUCAGCUCGUCCUUCAGCUCGUUCACUUUCAGCUUUUUGACGUUAAUUGAGCUCAUUGUGGAUGUUUGACUGCAAAAUGUAUUAAGUAAAAUUCACAAAUACGAUAAAUAAAUAACUGGACGGGCUUUGUCGACGGAUGUAGCUCAAUAUACUGCGCCAAAUGGCACCCGCGCUGUCCGACCAAUCUUUCACCGGCAAAAGAGCUGUGCUUAUCCCGGGGUGUGGGGGAGAAAGAUGACGUCUUACCGUAAUUACCCAGAGAGCAGCGCGGCUGGGUUAUACAGCCCGCCGACCAUCUGUCGCUGGCGUAAUAACAAAACCAAUCUCAUAGAAAGCGGUGAUGUGGAAAAAAGUGGGGCAAAAUGUGGAGGAAAAAUGCAACACUUAGGACACCAAAGAUUAUACUAAUUUUGUCUUUGUUUGCAUGAUUCACAUAGGCCUAGCCUACGUUUGGAAAAAGUAAAUCUACUGCAUAAUAUGAUAAUAAAGUUUAGAUGAAUAAAGGGGCGAUAAAAUAGGACGCUAUUCAAAAUAAUAGUCAAUACUCUUAACCCUAUUUAAUUUAAAUUUAAAAUGGUUCUUGUGCGAGUAGUCUAUAAUGUAUAUCUUUCCAUGGAGUGAAACUCAUGAAUUCAUUCAACUACACAGUUCGCUAUUUUACAUUCAAUACUGUUAUGAUUUAGGGUGGCUAUUAUCUACCACUAAGCCAAUCAGGUAGAGGAGGUUCACUUUAAUCAGCCAUAGUAUAACUUUUAAUUGAUUUGAAUCUGUGGUUUCAUUUUAUCUGCUCAAACAUGAUGACAGAAGAGUUGAGGACUGUUUACAACUUCUUGUCUAUUUCGAAAAUACCAAAUGAUCAAGUCACGAAACAAAUGCUGUAAUUUUAAGACGUUUUUUCAGUCAAUGUGAAAAAUGUUGAUGCAAAAAUAUAACAAAUAAAAACAAAUGUCACUGUGCAUAAAGACACCAUGGUGAUUUGUUGUUUUGUCAACGUUUUAACUAAACAAAACAUUCUCAAUUUAAAGGGGCACACCAUUCACCAUUCUGUCAAAACGGUUGUGUAAUUGUGACGAUAUCAUCAAAUGUAUAAAUGUAGGCUCCCGCGUUUUAAGAGUUUAACCCUUAAAGUGAGGAUAUCUCGCCUUCCACUGCAUCAAUUUUGACCGUUCUGUGUUUACCUGUCUCUUGCGAGUCUCCCAACAUCAUCGAGACACAAUACUAAAUGUCUGUAGUAUCCCUUUAAUCUAUUUUUUUGCCUCUGCCUCUGCUAUCUGACAUUGUUCUGCAUAGUUCAAUAACGUUAUUUAAAAAAAGCCUUAUACCACACUAUCUUCUCUUUUUACUUACUAUUACUGCAAAGGGUACUUCUAUCCUUAACAGCAACAUCACCAGAAGGCAUAAUACAAUAAUAACUUUAUUUCUAAGGCUGCCAGUUGGCUCAUAAGGGGUCAACAUUUCUGCUAUAUGUUUUGGGGCCAGACCCAGUGCUUUAAAAGUGAUCAGUAAAAUGUACCUUACAGUGAUGUAUCAUGGGAGCAGUGUUACAGUGAGCGCAUGUCUCCACGUCCAUGCAGACAGCUUUCUCUCACUAUUGUGCUGCAAGAGGGUUCACGAGGAACUUGUAGGAGAGAGAAUUACGUUUUGAAAUUAAGUGAAUUCCAUUUAAAAAAGUUUAUUUUGACUGUUUCUGUGAACGCUUGCUCUUUACUGCCUCCCGGAGGAGGUCAUCGUAAAUAACCAAGUGAAUUCAUGAAGCGUUUCCUCAGUGCGCUCACUCCUCCUCCACUGUGCCACUGGUCACCACUCCUCUGAGAAGAGGAGAGAGAUGCCCUGCCUCGGUGAGAGGUACACACUGGGUAAGUCAGAUUUACUCAUUAUGAACAGGAUGUGGUAUUUGUAACAUCAUUUUAUGGUCUUUAUAGAGUUUCAUAUAAGAAUAACACUUUAAGACAAAACAACUCCCAAACAUUUGGGUGUGGUAACAGUUAUCCACGUCGAUUUGACAUCUAAUUUCCCCCUAACGAAGCCCACGUACAUCCUCCUGAUGAUUUAUCUCUCAGAGCUCACAAGUGCAGCAUCACCGUGAGCCCGUCGGCUUUUCUGCAAGUAUCACCGAGAGAGACCGUCAGCCCAAGGAACGUCCCAGUCCUGAGGGUGCCGGAGGGUCCAGAGGCGACCCUCAUCGGAAUAUGUGCCAGAGAGCGGACGCUGUCCCGUCAUACAAGUCCCUCCCUGGAGCCGUCGGAGACCGCGUCAGGAGCACCAUGUCCUCUGGUAGUGGGACUAUAUGCAGAGGCGCUAUGUCCGCGAAUCUGGGCUUUGGGAGGUCAGACAGGAAAGUUGCGUGCUGCGAGAAGUGCUCCGCGACCCUUGUUGCCCUGAAGAAGCAAGCUCUGAGCCUGGCUGUUCACCAUCACUUCUCUUGCAAGGACUCUGGUGACCUGUCUGUGUUUCUUCUCGACAACCUUCGCAUCCAUAGUCGGUCCACCACCGAGUCCAGGGACCGAGAGAGGGAGCAGGGCGAGUGUGGGGCCUGCGGCGUGAACCUCAACCAGCUCAAACAAGAGGCCGUCCAUUUGGCUCUGAGCAGGGGUCAGCCAUUAGCUAAGCCUCCCUUUGAACCCAGCUUUAGCGCUGGUACACUGCUGGGCCUAAGUGAGACAAAGCAUGGAGACAGGGCUCCAUGGGAAGCUGCCAUGGCUGUGCAUCAUCCCCACAGUCGCACCCACAGUCCGCACAGCCCAAGAAGCCCGAGGACGCCUCAGAGGACCCCUCAAACCCUCAGACGGAGGGGGCCCAAGCUGCCCAACCCCGAUAUGGGCCGCUGGGUAGAGCAGCAGCAGCAGCUGGUCGCUUCAAAAUCUGCAUCCAGCGCUGAUGGUGUCACCAUGUACCCUUACCAUAAGCAGGCUUCAGAUGAUGCUGCACUGGUCCGUGGUGACGUCGGGACUGUACAGACGAGCUCAAAGAUCCCUCACAUAUCCAGAGUGGUGACCAUCGCCAACACUGCUGCUAUGUCCCUUUUAGCCAGGGCUGCAGAGAAGCUCAACCUGACAUCGAGGAAAAAAGGCCAGGCCUCUGAUCCAGCUCCUGCUCAUUUCUCCACCUGCUUCAGGGAGUUGAUCCAGAAAAACCCACCACCCGUCCCCUCCUGCCUGCUCCAAGCUGCCACUAGAACCAGAGACUCACCCAGUGUUGCCAAGGUCAAGGUCUCGCUGAGGGUGAGCCCAACGCUGUCAGAGGGCCAACCACCUGUUCUCCGUAUUGACCAGUCCAAGAGAAGAGUGACCAUAAUGGAACCAGUCAGCAAAGGCCAACCACAGGCUACAAUGACACUAGGCAGGGAUGGCAAAAACCAGCUGAAGACCUUCAACUUUGACGCUGCAUAUCCUCAGGACUCAAGCCAGGCCGAGGUGUGUGCGGGCGUCUUGGCUGAUGUCAUCCGCUGUGUGCUCAGUGGCAGCGAUGGAUGUGUUCUGGGUUUGGGAUGUGCUGAUGUGGGCUCCUGGUCUAGCAUGGUGGGGAGCGGUGAGAGCAUCCAGAAAGUCGGGCUGGUUCCCUGUGCCAUCUCCUGGCUGUACAGCGCCAUCGAGCGGCGGAGGGAGAAGACCUGGACCGAUCUGAUUGUAUCAGUGUCAGCCAUAGAGCUCUGCUGCGGAGAGGAGGACACCAUGAGGGAUCUGCUGGGGGAGGUCGUCCCCUCAUUAGGGAGUGUCCAGGACAGCCCAAAAGCCCAUAUGAGACUCCAGGAGGACCCCGUCUAUGGGAUACAGCUACGUAACCACAACCGGGUGAAGGCCCCCACUGCUGAGCGGGCUGCUUCCCUCCUGGACGCGGCCAUUGCAGCACGUCGGCACAAUGACUUCAUUACAUACCUGUCUCACAGCUCCAUAAUGUUCUUCACCCUCCACGUCCAACCCCCUCGUACAGAGAGCAGCACCAUUGGCAAAGGUUCACGUGGGCCCACAAAGUUGACCAUGAUAGAUGUGUGUAGUGGUAUAAGGGGUAUGAGCAAGAAUAAACCUCCAUAUUCUGAACUGGGCCCUAUUGUCUUAUCUCUACUAAGUGGACAUAAAACCACCCCCAUCAAGGGCAGUAAGUUGACUCUACUUCUUCGAGAGGCCUUGGGUCAUGUGAAUUGCCAUACCACAGUGAUCGCUCAGGUGGAUGACUCACUGGUACACCUUCAAGAGACCCUGUCCACCAUCCAGCUGGCUUCUCGCAUCCGCAGGACACAGAAGAGAACGAAGCAGUCCACUUCAUGUUCUCCUUCCGGGAGGAGUCUGACUAAAGAAAAGAGAGGGCCUCCGUCUUCGUCCCUGCGGGCGUUCCACUCCACCGAUGAGGUAGACGUCGACAUCCCUCGUUUCCGUUUGCGUGGUGAACUAGAUGAGCGCUCCAGUAGCGACCAGUCCUGUGACACAGUCAUCCAAAUAGACACGGAUGGCUUGGUCCACUCCAAAGGAACCUCAAGACUGGUGCAACCUCAAUUUGUGCCUAUCAUACCCUCUUUGCAUCCUAACAAGGCUGACAUGGAUGACCCAGAGUUUACCGCUCUGCUCCAAGAGCUUCUGAGAAUUCCUCAACUGCAGGGAGAGAAGAAAAACGAAGAAACUGUUCAAGGGAAUAUUGAGGUGUUGAAAGCAGACAUCAAGCAGCCAGGGAGGGACUGUCUUAAAUGUGACACAUUUGCUGAACUUCAAGAGCGCUUGGGUUGUAUCGAUGGAAGUGAGGCAACAAUGGAUGCGCUCAAGUCUUCCUCAAAAGGCCCUUCUGUUGACAACGUCACAGCCAAAUCACAACCCCAGAAAGACACAGGGAAACAGGCAGACACCGAAUCAUCAGAGACACCACAGAAAUUGUUGUUGAAUCAGGGGUUUGGCUGCAGUCAGGCCUCUGUCGGAGAAAAGCAAACAGAUGGUGCCUUCCCGGGUGACAGUUUUCAGAGAGAGGAUUCAGGCCUGUAUGACUGUGAGGAGUGCAGUGCAACCAGUUCCAGUGAAGAACUGCUAAAUCAAACUCUCAGUCUUAACAUGACCUGUCGCUCUGAGCUGCCCAAAAACGGAACUCUUAAGUCAGCUGAUAAACUCUCUUCUCAGAACUUUAAUGUGGAAGCUCAGGACAUGGCCGUCACCAGUUCUGCACUUCUGCCAAAAGGUACACAGGAGAGUCCUGAAGCUGCUGAUUGGUUCAAACCAAACAAAAGGACCUCACCAGUUGGCAAGAGCUCCCCCAUAUCUUCUUCCUCCUCCUGCUCCUCUUCACACUCCUUGGCUACCAGUGUUAUACUCGGAGAUGUCUUACGUAAUCGCCCAACAGAGGACGUUAAGGAAAUGAAGGCCACUAUCACAGUUACCGUUCAACAGCCACUAGACCUGAAAGGUCAAGAUGAACUUGUGUUCUCUAUGGUGGAGGAGGUGACCAUCAGUGGGGUAUUGGAAAGAGGGAGGACAGGUGGAAACAUUAUUUGUAUCAGAGACACUGCCCAAUCACAGGUAAAUGUUCAAGGCUCUACCAGCUCUCAACCAAUCAGGAUAAUCAGCAAUGUUAGCGAAGAAACUGUAGCCGCAGGAUCCUCUAAUACAAACAAAAGCUCUGUAGCUCAAUCUGUAGCUACAGAGGCUAGCACUGACAAGCCCCAGUAUCAAUUCAGAAGGGAAAAGAGGUUCUUACCUUCAUUUAUAAAUCAUAUGCUGAUUGAUUCAGAUGUGGAUUGUGAAUUUGAUGGUGUGAAAGAAAAAGAAAGUCCUUGUGAUCCUUUUACAGAAGUCAAAUCACAGUCUGACCUCCGAGGGAAUAGUGUAAAAUCUCCAGAAGAUAGGAAGGCUCUUCAGAAGAGGAGUGGUGCUUUUACUUAUGAGACACAUGCCAAAAAGUCUGACAAAGUAUGUGACGAAUUGUUUAGCCAAAGUUCUUUUGACCCAAUGGUCUUGGAAGAUUCAGCUUUCUGCGAUGAAACAGCAGAAAACAAAAUGCGUGGCAAGAGACCGAGACAAUCAGACAAGAGCCACCUUAGAGACAAGGAACAUGUUUAUUCCACCAACACGCCAAAGGGCUCCGAGGGGGGCGAAAUCAGUUCCAGACGUGUUGGGAAUGCCCCUAAGAGAAUUGGUGUUUCACCUGGUUGCCAGGAAACCGCCACUGCUUCCUUUAAAACAGGUAGUUUGCCUAGAGGCUGGCAAAAUGCCAACCACCAGGACAGCUACCAUUGUGGUCACAUGGCAGACAACCACAGAGACCCAAGGGGGGUGACAUCAUCCACCCCGUGUAGCCCAGGAGUAACUCUAGAGAGGAGGCAGGGCAGACAGCACUCCCCAGCAGACCAUAGCCACUGUGUCUCCUCUCCUCCGAAAUAUGGAACAGAGUACAAACAGCGUGCUAGUAGUGCUCCUAGAAAGGGCGUUGAAUCUUUGUUUGAGACCUCAAACCUAAGACUGAAACAUGAUCAUAUGAUUGGGAGGCCAAAGUCACCCAUUGAGGACAGCAGCCGGCUUUUCAGUGCCAAACUGGAACAGCUGGCUACCAGGACUAACUCCCUUGGGAGAACCCCUAGAGACUUCCCAAAUCUGGAUAGAGGCAGUAAUAGCAAUUCCAUGAGCUCUAAGGGGAGCUCCAAGGGAAGUACUGAAGGGGCUUAUAAAGGAAGUAUCGAGGGAGUUUGUACCUUAGCAAGGGCUAGCAAGAGCACCAGGAAGAAUCCUCGGACUGACCGUAGUCAUCACUUCUUUCUUUCUGAAAAGCCUGUAACUCAAUCUGCUAGGUAUAUCCAUUCCAAGCUCUCUGCUGUGGGGAAACUUAAGAUGGCCAGCCCCAAAGUCCGUCGACUGUCUGUCCCUAGCAUCAAGAACCUCAGUCUUCCCCACAGAGGCCUGCAGCAGUCCAUUAACCGCAGUGCCAGUCUUUCUCCAGACUGUAAAACUGUUAGCUUUGAGCGGACAUCCUCCUUUCUCUCCUCUUCCCCUCCGCGGUCUUUUCACUCCAUCAGUCGCACUCCGAGCCAGAGCUCGACAUGCUCAUCCACAAAAUCUGCCAUCCAAGGGUUUGUCAAUGGCCGGAUCUCAGACCUCCUUAAGGAAAGGGCUCCCAGCCCCACUUCAGGAGGACUGGACCAAAUGACCACACUUCCCUCGCCAUACAGCCGGGUGACUGCUCCUCGAAUGCCUGAUCACCUGAGUGGGCACGCUAGUGACACCACCAGUGUGUUGAGCGGAGAUUUGCCACCAGCAAUGGGGAAAACAUCCCUGAAUUUCUCGAACAGGAACAGUAUGGUGAGCAGUGGAUAUGACAGCAUGGUGAGGGACAGUGAAGCCACGGGAAGCACCAUCUCAAACAGAGAUUCUGUCAGCAACAGGAGCAGCUCUCUUCUCAGUGUGGCUCGUAGCAGUCGAUCAUCUCGGAGGAGAGGCAACACAGGUACUCACCAGCGCCGCCUUUCCCAUGAUGCCCCCCUGUCCCUGAGACGCUCGGCCAGUGGUCUGCAGUCUGGCUGGGUGGAUCGGGGAAUCCCCGAGGCCUACGAGAUCAAGGUGUAUGAGAUCGACAAUGUGCAGAGGAUGCAGAAAAGAGCAGGUGCUGGCAAACAGGGGCCUGCAUGCUUCAGUGCCAAGCUGAAGUUUUUGGAGCACCGUCAGCAGAGGAUCUCAGAGGUCCGAGCCAGAUACAACAACCUGAGGAGAGAGCUAGAGCGGGCCAAGCUACACCUCAUGCUGGAGCCCGCCAAGUGGAACCAAGAGUUCGACCUGUGGCAGACCUUCGAGGUGGACUCCCUGGAGCAUCUGGAGGCCCUCGAAGUGGUGACGGCCCGGCUGGAGGACAGGCUCAACCUCUGCAAGGCCGGCGUCAUGAUGGUCACCUGCUUUGAUGCCGGCACCAGGAGACGGCAGAAGAAGAAGCGGCAGCAGAAAGGCGCGAGAGCAGAGAGCCUCGAAGGGAAGCUGAGAUGAAUUAUGGCGUGGACUGGUUCGAUGAUCUUCUUUCUCUCAGACUCAGAAUGUUUGGGAUGACAAAUUCAAAAUGUGCCACAUGCACACUUGACGUUCUCAUCUACCAUGUUACCUCUGGUCCCUUUGAAUGAACCAGGUGCUACACACUGUCUGUCCUCACAGGGAGGUUAAUGGUCAGAGCCAAUGGCAGAGCUUCAUUCUUACACCUACAAAGGGCUCAAAUGUGCUAUGCAACCGUUCUAUCUGACACAUUUUGGAAUCUCAAAAAUAUCAUGACCUUAAAAUAAACUCUUGUUCUGUUAUCCGUCAUUAAGCGCACUACAGACGUGUUUCUCCUUUAAAUACCUUUAUUUAUUUAAGCAUUGUACAGUAUUUUAAAAGCAACCAGUUCAGCUCAGUGCAGCAGUCAAUGCUAACAAGACCUUUCAGUGUAACUACAGGGAAAAUAUUGCUCUUCUGGCAAAGAAUCUGCUGAGUAAUCAGAUCACAAAACAAUCUGACUCUGCAUUAUCGGUUCUCUGGAGAGGCCUCCGGGCUUCUUAAGGGGUAAAUAUUUGAUAGUACACUUGAUGUUGGAUAGAACUACUAUAGAUACUUAACAUUUGUGCAGGGUUACUCACUGAGCGGUUUUGUCUGAUUUCACUUGUUUGAAGCAACUCGUGGAAGAUUUGGUGCAAAGCCUCUUUUUAACAUGCAUCUUUAGCUCGCAGACAAAUAUUGGAGCACCUUGCAUUACUUAUUAAACAUGAUUUUUGUUUUUGUUUCUCAUAUUUAAAAAGAAGAAGUUAUAAAGCACUCUCAGACUAAUGGACUGACUAGUCUGUCUUAAAGUUGCUCCUUGUUCAUCUUUGAUGAAGAGGUUUGGCCAUCCAUUAUUCUUAAAUGAGUGUUCAAAAAAGGGAAUAUGCCAUUUUGUGUGUAGCUGAAUACAACUGCGAACAUGAAUUUGUUCAUUUUAAAUCUUUUUGAAACUUGUGUGUAAAAGGAUGCUGGGUUGAGGUGAUUCUUUAGGAAACAGAGCAGUUUCUGUCUGGAUGAGCGAAGGACUGAGGGACCAGCUUUAAGUAAGUUGAAGUUACUGCCAACCGAAACACCACCGUGCAUAAUUUAGCGUCUUCAGCAGUUGAGCGGCGAGUGAUCAAUAAACUGGAACACAUUAGUAAAUGUUUAGGGCAUAAUGAAAAAAUGUAAUGGAGGAGUAAUUAAAUUAGAGGAAUAACGUCAUCGUGUCUGAAAAGCCCCGUGGAGUCUCUGAGCCAGUGAGAGGAUGGACGGAUGCACAUAAUCAAUAAGCUGUGCUGGGUUUCCUUCCUGGAUCGAUGCAUUCUAAUGUACAGGGAAGACGCACACACACACACUCACACACACUGGACAUCUGUUUUGUGCAUGUUGUACGUCACUGUUAAUAAAUGACCACAUCUCUCCGUUAUGUUCUGUUUGUAGACAAACGGCGUCCUUUGAUUUGCAAGAAUUAAAAUCAUGAAGCUGUUCAUGCUUCCAUCACAUGUUUUUUUUUGUUUCAUUUGUUUGUCUCUGUGUGAGUGUGUGGGCAAAGAGAGAGAGAGAGAGAGAGAGAGAAAAUUGUCCUGUUAUUUUGUGAUGCAACACAACAUCAACAAGGCUGACGUGUCAAGCCGUCUGCAGCGAGUGAAAAGGUAAUGAGAGCUGAGUGGAGCCCUGCAGCCCAAU